UACAGGGCUGUGGUUGGAAGCAGCAGCCUUAAGGCCGCCUCCAAGUCCCUGACGUCAUAGUAGCCCAGCUGCUGUUGUGACACUGAGCAGAGUAGCUCUUUGAAGUUCAAUUUGCGAAGGCGUUUGUCAGGACCACUGUGGAAGAUGAAUGGACUUUGUUUUAUAAAAGAAUCACUGAGACUGUUCUUUAAGACAACUAGCUCUCUGCCCCACCUCUUCCAUUGCUAGACUGGCCACACAGAGCCUGACCUGCUGCAGGACGACCCCCAAGUGUAAGAAGGCUUUAUUUUAAAGGCAAGUGAGACCACUUCAAACCAAACAGUUUAACACUUCCAAGAACCAGCUAAGAGAAGGCAGAGAUGAGCAGCAGCAGUCCUGUGGCUGACAUUCACACCAUUGCCACGGACCUCCAUGAGCAGAGGGGGAGCACAGAGGCCAACCGGCAUAAGGAAAAGAUGGAGUUACUGAACCAGUUUGACAAGGAAAGAAAAGAAUGGGAGAGUCAGUGGAAGAUCAUGCAGAAGAAGAUCGAAGAGCUUUGCCAGGAAGUAAAGCUUCAGAGGAAGAUGAACAUGAAUGAAUAUUCUAAGGUCAUUGAUCUUUGCCGUGAUCAAGAUAAAAUGGAAUUUCCCCCAAAUCACCUCAACUCAGGACAAUGCGAAUUAAGAGUGCUGAAUUACCGAGAUGAUCCAGAAAAGGAAAAGAAAAUAGAAAGGAAUUUCCUUGGGGAAGAAAGUCAAGGGUCUCCAGAACAAAACAUACACACAGAAACCAAAGUGGAGUUUUGGAAUCCUUUGGCCACAGACAGGAAGGCAUGUGAGACCUGGGCUGGUGAGAACACUUCUAAGGAGAGAAAAGAUUUUUCUGUCGCCCUUAACACAGCUCUUGAAGAACUUGCAAAAGUUAGUGAAGAAUUGUGCACCUUUCAAGAGGAAAUCCAAAAGCGUUCUAACCACAGAAGGAUGAAAUCAGAUCCUGUUCUCCAGGAAAUGCCAAAGGCAAUCCCUGUGCCUCCUGAGGACCACUUGAUCAGCAAUGGCCAGGGCAUUCUUCCAACCAAUUUGGAGAAAGAAAUGCAGAAAAAGAAUCUGAGCUGUGCCUAUGGACUCCAAAGCAAUUCUAUAAACAACUGUGGAACUGGUACAACUGGUUUACAAAGAAGCGAAACUCCACCAACUCCCCCUCCAAGAAGUACCUCUCGAAAUCUCCCCAGCUCAUAUUCUGAACAAGCCCAAGAAAGACUGAAGGAAAGUUUAUACCACAGGUGGGUGGCCCGUGAGAUUCAAGACAAAACAGAUAGCAAUCCUUAUUUCCUCUUGAGGCAGUCUCCGUUGUUUCCACAAGAAGGCAAGAGUUUGAAAGAUAGUACCAUGUUUUCCUCUUGGACACCAGAAGUCAAAAUAGAUAGAAAUCUUCCAGGUAACAAAGACACUGGACUUAAUUUGUGGUCAUGUGACACCAUAUUAGGUACAAAAGAGAGCCCUUCCAGGCCAUCUCAAAAAACCUGUUUUACCUCCAGUGGAGCAAAAUUUGAAAAGGUGUUUCCAGAUGACCCUACGAAAUUGCAUCUUGAUCUUCAUGUGAAAAAUGACUUUCUUCCUUCAGUGACACAGAGGGACCCAGUUAGAAUUUACAACUGCAAUUUUGAACCAACUCCAAGAAAUGAAAUGCUGGCUGCAAAGAUUGAUGAGUUUAACAGAACUGUUUUUAGAACAGACAGAAGUUGUCAAGCAAUACAGCAAAGUGAAAUCUAUACAAAAUCGCCUGACAAUCUCAAUACCCGUGAUAUCUCCACUGCUCAGAAAGCUUACCUAUCAGAAGGUGACAAUGGGACCAGUGUUCUGAAAGCUAGUGACAAUGUGUCUGUGCCCAUGGAAAAUGUGUUCAGUGAUCCCGCAAAAAUAUACUCGGCAGGCCUGGUCAAUCAAACGCAGACACGUGAGAGCCCCAGCAGCUAUCAGCUUAUGCUCCAUGAGCAUGAUUGGAGAUCAAGCAAUUUUUCUAGCCGGCCAAGAUCAGCGGAUCCCAGAUCAAAUUACGGUGUUGUGGAAAAGCUACUGAAAACCUAUGAGACAGAGACAAGGUCUGCACUGCAAAACUCAAAAUGCUUCAGGAAUAACUGGACCAAAUGUGGUUCUGAUAAGUCCAUAGCAGUGAAAGCCUCUAAUGGAAAAGGAUUUUCCCGACCUGCUAGACCAGCAAAUCGUCGGCUCCCAUCCAGAUGGGCAUCCAGAUCACCAUCUGCACCCCUAGCCUUGCGGAGGACUGCCCACAGAUAUAAAGUCUCUCUGCAAACAGAAGCCUAGAUGCUCGAUAUCUCUAGCCUGGAUUUCUGGAUUACAAAAGCUCUCAUACCUUUUGCCAAACUGAAUAUUGAGAAUGUUUACAAACAGUCCUGUUCUCUUCUGUAUUUUCUAAGACCACUGGAACAAGUGAUCUAAAUCCCAACUUUCUAUCAUCAGUCUUCAGUGUUUUUAAUCUAUGGGAUAAUUAUAUCCUUCUAUUUUAAUUUCUUGCAUUAGAUUUUUUUUAUCGGCAUCCUCAUUGACUUUCCAAUAUGAUUUAAGUUGACACAGUGUACUAUAUUGUAUAUUCUAACUUUCCUUGCAAAUGCAGAAAACAAGGUCCUGUGCAUGGCAAUGUGUUUGUGGGUGCAUGUGUUGUCAUAGGAAGUAUUCUGAUAUGUAUUUAGGUAAAAAUGUAUGUGCUAGUAUUGACUUUGAAAUUAUAACAUGUAGACCUAUAUAUUCUUUGUGCUUAUUUUAAAGUUUUGAAAAUAUACAAUCCUAUUUAUAUUUUGCAUACCUUUUAAUAGGUAUUCACCUAAGACAUUUGAUGUUCAUGUAUCAUUUAAUGACUUCUUUGGCUACCAACUAUAUUGAAAAGUAAGAAUUAUACACAAACCUAACAUUAACAAUUUUCCUGAAAUCAAUUUUUUUNUUCCUUUUUUUUUUUUUUUUUUGGUUUUAGAGACAGGUUUUCUCUGUGUAGUCCUGGCUGUCCUGGAACUCACUCUGUAGACCAGACUGGUCUCGAACUCAGAAAUCUGCCUGCCUCUACCUCCCAAGUGCUGGGAUUAAAGGCGUGUGCCAACACGCCUGGCUUUUUUUGACCUGAAAUCAAUCUUAAAUAGCAUUUUAACCCAUAUGAAAAUAGCUGAUACUGUUGAUUUUUUUGUAAAAUGAAAAUGUCACAGGUUUAAUAUAUCAGCCUUCUAGAGCAAUCAUAAGAAGCUCACACACACUUUUAUAUAUCAUCUUGUAGUCUCACGUGGCUUUAACUGUAUACUUGUUUCUCGGAGCCAGUAUCAUUAGACUGCCUUAAUAAUGACAGGACAAAGUAAUGAAUUUAUUUUGUCAUUCGUAGUAACAAACAUCCUUUAAACAAGAUAAAGAAAGGCAUCAAAUCAUGCUGAAUUUUUCUUUUUUGUUAAAAUUGUCCCGAGUUUUCAUUUGUCUGCUUUAUCUCAAAUUCCUCUGUAGAGGUAAGUUGCUUGGUUUGUUUGUUUGUUUUCUUUCUUUAUUCUAAUCAUGUCCCCAAAGUUAGUAGAUAAAAAACUAAUUUGCUUUUUUAUGUAAAACAAAAAUGAACAGAAACAAUUUUUUGUUGACAGCUCAGUUAUAUUGUAAUUCUCAUACUGUGUAAAAAGGUCUUAAACUAAAUUGGGCAUUGAUAAUAACAUAAGAAACAGAUGUACAUCCAGGGUAUAAUCUGCUUUCACAUGAUGCAUGAAAUCUAUAAUGAAAUCUGUACUGAGAAGUGGCCUAGAAGAAGUAGAAGAGUUAAGGUACUUAGAAUUCUUCAUGGAUGGUCUUAGAAACAACUUUGCUGUACAUUACUCCCAUAUAAGAGCAAUUAUUUUGAAUGGUUUGUUAAAUAUUAAUCCUACUUCACCCAAAAAUGUUGAGAAAUUCUCUUUGCCAAACAAAAUCAGUGGGCUUUCUGCUUUUAAUAUACUAGCCACUCAAAGGAUUCCACCUUAUUAUACCAUUCCCUGGAGUAAAGAAAAUAAUUUUUAAAUCACAGAUUGCCUUAAAAGGUUCAAGACUGUAGCACAGUGAUGGCAAGAUUCACGGUUUACAGUAAGAAGACUUCUAGGGCUUAAGUGGUAUUAGGUGUCUAGAAUGCGAGUUUGGCACAAACCACAAAGGUUAUAGAUCCACUUUUCUCAAUCUUUCAUACUUUAGGGAUUUUCCCCCCACAGGAAAGUAGCCUAGAUACCAGAUAUGAGUUAGAGUAUACUUUUCCACUAGAACAGAUAAAAACACUGGAGAAGUGAUUCCUUGGGGCAUGAAAUAAUAACCUAAAGCUAUUGCUGUGGUCACAUCUGUUCCUCGGUGUCCCUGAAUCCCAAGCAGUCUGGGAAUGAUAGGUAGCCCCUGUCUUUAAGUUCACAUCUGAACGUUGAGGCCUCCUUUAAAAAUGGGAAAUCCUGAUCUCAUCCCAAGAAUGAUAAAGAAAGAUUUCCAGCAGAGGAGACCUGAGAUUCUUCGAGUCUUUAAUAAAACAAAACAAUGUAAUAUAUUUGAUGACCACACUGACUUGGAAGCAGAGGUGCUGAGUAGAACCUGAGCGGGUUAGGACUUGGGUAGUGUCUUUGAUCACUUAAUCCUUUACUUUAUUAUCAACAAACAGUUGCCUUGCCAGGGGUUCAGCCGCUUAAGCUGCCUUUUCUGUUAUCAUCUGAAUAGACUAAUGGGGCUACUUUAAUAACAUAUUAAUGUGAAUCAUAGAAUAUAAGAAUUGGGAAAAACUAGCUUUUAGUCUGGAUCCUUAACUAGAAAACUAAAGAAACUAAAACAAAUUGAUUAGUCUAUAUUCUCUCUUAAAUUAGUUUAUAAAUUUUAUGGGAAAGCUUACCACGAAAGUGACAGUUGUCACUGAAAAUAUUUUUUUGAAUUGUGAUUUUUAACUGGUUCUUUUUCUAUGCUGGGUAGCCAUUUUCUUCACUGAAACCGUCAUUAUGCCAUCAUCCUUGAGUUUAAGGUCUUUUAAUCAUUUACAGAAACAUUUCAUUAGGAAUAUCUAUUUAGAAGACAUUUUCCCUAGCAGAUUUUGAAAAAAUAAAAUAAAAUAAAGAUCUCUUUUUUUCACAGGGGAUUAUUGAAACUUUUAGCUGAUCUCAGAACCAGAGUGCUCAAAUCUCUCUCUCUCUCUCUCUC